AUAUAUUUAUGUAAAUAUCAUUAAAAUAUAAUUAUAUACCAUAUAAAAUAAAUAAAAUAAUUAUUUUGAUUUAUUCACCAUAAAUAUAUUAGAAUAAACAAGAGGUAUUAUGGUGAUUUAUGUGAUUACUUUAAUCUCAUAUAUAUUAAUUGAGAAACAAUUCAGCAUGUGUAGGAUUUAUUAGUUAAUAUUAUUCGAAAAUCUUACAAGAGAUCGCUACAACUAAGAUUUAUUUAGAAGCUAUUGAAAUCAUUUAGCGAGAACAUGGAUUGCGCAACAAAUUUACUUUCCUAACCCUUACCCCCUUUAUAUUCGUCACAACACUGACAGAGAAUAUUGGAAGUGUCGAUUGACGAUCUGAAAUGGAACUUUCUUAAGUUCAGCCCGUUGUUUUCUUUAAAUUGGCCUAAGCAAUUUUUAAUGAUUAACUAAAUGGACCAUAUACAUAGUAAAAUGUGUUCUGGUUUAAAAUUUAUUGCAUACCCAAAAUCAAUAUGAACCAUCAUCAUUUUCGGUUAAAAUUUUGUCAUAAUAAAAUAUAGGGUUGGGCAAAAUAUCUGAAUCCAAAAAAAAAACCAAAACCGGUCCAAAAAAUAGUACUGAACUUUAACCAAAACUGGUUAGAUAUCCGAAUGGGUUCAAAAUUUUGGUAUCUAGAGAACCAAAACCGAACCCGAUCCAAACCGAAAUAUUUUGGAUAUCCGAAUAUAUCUGAACCAGAUUUAUAUACUUAAAUAUAUUAAUUAUUUUUAAAUUUAAUAUCUAAAAGAAUAUACAAAAUAUAUAAAAUGUUUUUAAGUUGUCCAAAAUACUUGGAAAUAUAUACAAAUAGUUAUAAGUACAUGUUUAAAAUAGCUAAUCGAUACUUAAAACACUUAAAAAUACUUAAAAUAUCUAUUGAUUUCAUAUCCAAAUGCUUAAGCUAAACCAAUUUUUAUGUCAAGUUUAAGUAUUACGACAUACAUUAUUCAAAUUUAUAUGUUAUAUAUUAUUUUUAUUUUUAGUUUUUUAAAAAAAUAAAUAAAUAGGUUAUCUGAACCCAAACCAGACAAGUAAAGAUCGGAACUGAACCAAACCUGCAAAGAUCCAAACCGAACCAAAUGGUACUCAAAUGCCCACCUCUAAUCAAAUGUAAAAAAGUUUAUUGAUAACAAAAUAUAUAUUGUUUAUAAUAUUUACAAUAUAUUUUUUUAAAAAUUCACUCCGCAUAUGGCGCGGAUUAUCAUCUAGUGUAUUUUAAAUGAACAGCAAAUCAUUUUGUCUACAACUAUAUGUACAUUAUCUGAUCUUGACCAUAUAUAACAUCAAUAUAAAUAUUUUGAAUAAAAGCAGAGGUAAACUAGAAAUAUAGUUUAGGUAUACAUGUGUUCGGUUAUUUUCGGAUAUCCAUUCGGGUUCAGGUAUUACCCUUUCGGAUUUGGAUAUCCAAUCUCUCCUAACUCAAUACCCGUUUGGGUACUUUAUUACUUCGGUUUGGAUUUUUCGGGUUUGGAUUCAGGUAUCGGGUAAAAUGCCCAAACCUAGAUAUUGAGAUAAAUUCAUACCUCUCUACAAAAAAACGUGUAAGUUGAAUAAUAUUUUUAAUCUUAAUUACUAUAACAUUAUAUAUAGUAUAUAAUUAUUUCAUUAUUUCAAUUACUAUAUUUAUAGUAAUUAGGAUUUUUUAUAUAUUAUCAAAAUUACAUUAAUAUUUAUUUUGAAAGCAAAUCUAAUUAUGUAAUUGAGUAUAGGUGUGAGCAAAUGUAUCUCACAACUUUUUGCAAAAGUUCGAACUGUUCUCACCUCGGAGUUGAAAGACAGAGGACAUGAAGUUGUGAAAAGGUUCAUGAGCAGUGUGCUGAAGCUUAAAAUAUUGGACAUUGGGGCUUGUUUUUGGAACAAGUCUUCAUUCUCAUUCGACUGAAUUUGAUUUCUAAAAAUUUGAGCUAAUGACUUAAAACAAGUGCUUUGUGGGAGGUAAUUCAUGGUAAGUUUGUUUGUUCUAAAAAAAAUAAAGGUACACUAAUUUCUAUAACAUUAAUUUAUAUUAUAUUAUUUUAUAAUAUAGUGGAAUGGGUUACAUUUGAUAUUCUUACUAUUAUAAAAUGUAUGGUUUAUUUCAUUAAUCAUGUAAUAUAUUAAUAAAAUAGCAGACAUUUUAACAAACAAAUUAACUCAUUUAAAUUAUAUGAAAAACUAUAAAAACAAAAUAUGACCAGCGCGAGACAUAUUAAAAGAUGUAUUACUCUUAAUUUGUUAAAAAUAAAUAAAAUAAAUGCAAAACACACUAAAUAAAUGAGUUAGCCUAUUUUGAAUAUUUGAUUAUUAUAUUGCUAAAUUUAUAUACAUUUUUAAUUUAAUGAUAUACUAUUAAAGACAUAAAAAAAAUUUAUGGACAUAUGUUAUUUCGUAAAACAAAAUACUAUAACUUAAUGCAAUACAUAUUAAACUUAACAAUGAUUAUUUUAUUAAAAGAUGUUAAAUUUUAAAACUAUGAUAUUGUGUUAUAGUUCGAGUUAAUCAAUAGAAUAACUAUCAUUUUUAAAAAAAAUUGUAUUGAAAAUUACUCUUCUCACGUCUAAAACAUGAAUAUAUUAACAUAUCAAGUUAAUGUUUUCGUUUUAUUUCACAAAUUUAUGAAUGAAAUCUACUCUUAUACAAAUUUAGUAAAACUAAAAACCAUUUCUCAUUAGUUAUUUUCAUCUAACUUUUAAAUACUUAAAUUAAGAAAUUAUAUAUAUGACAAAAAGAAAAUCUAUAUAAAAAAGUUAUUAUGAUUUUUUAGAAAAAUUCAGAACUAAAUUUAAAUAAAUAAUAUUCACAAAUUUAAGUAUAUAAACUGAUAAAUUGUGAAAGCAAUUAUAAUUUAUAAACAAAACCAAUAUCGGGUUUUGACAAUGAUGAUCAAAAUCUAGUUACAUAUAGCAAUGCAAUAGCUAACUUUAAUACUUUAGCCCAACAAAAUAAACCAAACCAGAAGGGAAAAAUGUCGGUCAUGAGAUUUUUAACAUUAAAAACAUGUUUGUUUUAAGUUAGGUUGUUGGUCUUAAAAUAUAGGUUGAAACAAGCGGUUGCUACUCUCCGGUCAUAUGGUUCAUUUACUCCAUUCAUUAUAUAAUACUCUCUCUGUUUUUAAUUAUAAGUAGUUUUACUUAAAAGCGUGUAUGUUUAGAAAAUUGUUAUUUAAAAAAAUAUAUCAUUUAAUCAAUUAAUUCAACCAAUUAUAAAAAGCUUAACAUUAUUUUAUUGGUCACACAAUAUCCAAUAAAUGAAAAAUAUACAUUGAAAUAUGUAAACUAUUGUGAAACAAACUCUUUUUGCUAAAACUACCUACAUUUGGAAACAGAGGGAGUAUAUUAAUAAUCAAUGGAACUGUGAUUCAAAAAAAAAAAUCAAUGAAACUAAGCAAAAUUAUUCCUGUUUCUAAACCCGUUUGUCGUUUGUCAUAUCCAGAUAACCCUCACAACCUUUGCCGACGAUUUGAUCCACCACUCUCGGUGUGCUUCAGCUGCAAAGGCCAACACUUAGAGAAUAGAAGGUACUAUUACUACUGUGCUACUUGUGAUUUGGAAUUUCACAGAGGUUGUCACUUGUUUCCUCCCGAAAUCAAACACCCUUUUCACCUUCUCCACCCUCUCACUCUCAUCUUCUUAGAUCCUGAUUUUCAAAGCUCUAGAAUCCCCAUUGACUGGCCUGAUUCCUCCUCUGAGUCAGAUGACUAUGAUUCAUAUGAAGAAAACUCUGGAUCAUAUGAAGGCCAUAUUGUUAAAUGCAAUUAUUGUCGGAAAAAUCUUCAACCAGAAGAGUUUGGGAUGGCAUACUAUCAUUGCUCUACCUGCAAUUUCAGUUUACACAGGAUUUGCGCGUAUAUUAGACCACCUCUCACUAUUGAAAACCUGAAAAGCCAUGACCAUACUCUUACCCUAUUUCCUAGACGAGCCCCUUUGCCUUGCGAUGCUUGUGGCUUCUCUCUUGACGCUCCAUUCUUUGAUCAUGUUUACUCUUGUUUGCUUUGUAACUACAUGGUCCAUAGAACAUGUAUUUACUUACCUCGUGUCAUUAAGAUUACCCGUCACCCACACCGUCUCUCUUACACUUCCUCCAUUGUACCUUCCCGUGAGCUAGCUUGUGGAGUUUGCCGCAAAACCGUUGACGUCAACUACGGAUCAUACUCCUGCACCAAGGGAUGUCGCUACGCCCUCCAUUCCAAGUGUGCAACAAACAAAAAAGUUUGGGAUGGGAAAGAUCUUGAAGGAGUUCGUGAAGAAGAAGAAGAAAUACUUGAGCCCUUCUUGUGGAUUGAUGAAGAGACGAUACAACAUUUCAGUCAUGAUCAUCACCAUCUAAAGCUUCGUCAGAAUGGUGGCAGCCAUGAUAAUGAGUUUUGCGAAGCCUGCACCCUGCCCAUGACAGUUUCAGAUCGCUUCUAUAGUUGUAUAAAGUGCGAGUUUGUCCUACAUGAAACAUGUGCAUCCCUUCCUCGGAGAAAACACCAUCCCGUACACAAACACCCACUGACCCUCUUCCAUCCAUCCUCUUCUUAUCGUCACAAGGUUGAAAGGAAGUACUACAGAGACGGUUUCUUCACGUGUGAUGGUUGUAUUCGCAAUUGCUGUGGCUUCAUAUACAGAUGCAGCGAAAAGGUUUGUGAGUUUCAGCUAGAUGUAAGAUGCGCUUCGCUUCCUGAUCCUUCAAUCCAUGACUGCCAUCCACCUGAUCACCCUCUCUUCUUCAAUUUCACCAGUGGAUCCUGCAUGGGUUUUGAGUCUGUUGCAUGCGACCUUAGUGAGUACUUAGAAUGUAUUCAGUGUGAAUCCUUUUUGUGUCUUCAUUGCGCUACUUUGCCUUGCGUGGCUCACUACAAGCACGAUAAGCAUCCACUCACUCUUUGUUACGGAGAAGAAGAGACGAGAGAUCUCAAAUAUUGGUGUGAGAUCUUUGAAAAUAAAUUAUAUGCAACCAAGUGGUUUUACACAUGUGACUCUUGUAGAGUCACUCUUCACGUUAAAUGUUUACUGGGAAAGGAGGUCUACUACAUGAAGCCGAACCAUAUCAUCAAAAUAAAUGGCAAAAAUGUUGACAUUGAAUAUAACAAUGGCAACACAAGACCAGUGUGUACAAAAUGUGGACUUCGUUGCAUAUACACAUUGGUAUACUAUACAAGUGUGAAAAUGAAAUAUUCUGUAGUCUGACUUGUUUAUUUCAGCCUGGUUUGCCCUUGGGAUACCACUACUACAUGACAAGAAGAAUCAUGAGGAUAAGGGAAACAGAAAAAUUAGAAGAAGAGGCUGAGGUGGAACUAGCUAACGAAUAAAAGAAUAAGCUGAGAGUCAGAGUCAAAGUCCAAGUCUGUAUACAUUGAGUUGAAUUGUUCAUUAGCUAUGCAGUUUUAUUGUGUGAGAGUCGAAUAUUGCUUUUGUAAUUCUUCUGAUAAAUUAAUAAAGGAGGAUUGGUGCUUUAUCAAUUCUUUAAUA